AAACAAAAAAUUGAAAAAAUUAAUAAAUUAUUCUUAUUUUUUGGUUGACAAUUUAGAAGUAUGGCGUCUACAUCGAGGGAUUCCCAAGAAAUCAUUGCCAAAAAGACGUGGGAAUUGGAAAACAAUGUACAAACUGUUAAUACAGUCGACGACAUAUUCAAAUAUGACAAACAACAACAACAAGAUAUUUUGACUGCCAAACCUUGGGAGAAAGACCCACAUUAUUUUAAAGAUAUUAAAAUAUCUGCAUUAGCACUACUUAAAAUGGUCAUGCAUGCUCGAUCUGGUGGUAUUUUGGAAAUAAUGGGUCUUUUACUUGGUAAAGUAGAAGGUAAUACUAUGAUCGUCAUGGAUUCUUUUGCUUUACCUGUUGAAGGAACAGAAACCAGAGUCAAUGCUCAAGCUCAAGCUUAUGAAUACAUGACAGCAUAUAUUGAAUCCGCUAAAGUUGUUGGACGUCAAGAAAAUGCGAUUGGAUGGUAUCACAGCCACCCUGGCUAUGGCUGCUGGUUAUCAGGUAUUGAUGUUUCAACUCAAAUGUUAAAUCAGAAUUUUCAAGAACCUUUUGUAGCAAUUGUAAUUGAUCCAGUUAGAACAAUUUCAGCUGGUAAAGUUUGUUUGGGAGCAUUCCGUACUUAUCCUAAGGGUUAUAAACCAGCAAAUGAAGAACCAUCCGAGUAUCAGACUAUUCCAUUAAAUAAAAUUGAAGACUUUGGAGUACACUGUAAACAAUACUAUUCAUUAGAAGUAAAUUAUUUCAAAUCUUCCCUGGAUCGGCGUUUAUUGGAUUCAUUAUGGAAUAAGUAUUGGGUGAACACUUUAAGUUCGUCCAGUUUGAUAACAAAUGCUGAUUACUUAACUGGUCAAAUAAAUGAUCUUUCUGAUAAACUAGAACAAGCUGACACUUCUCUGAGUCGUACAUUUUUUGAGCCUGUUGACCGUACUAAAACAGAAAAUAAAUUGGUAAAAGCUACUAAGGAUAGUAAUAAAGCUACAAUCGAAAUAUUAUGUGGAUUAAUGUCUCAAACAAUUAAAGAAGCUCUAUUUAAUAGUUGUACACCAAAAAAUAAUCAGCAAUAAAAACAAAUUUGUAUUAUAAUUACCAAGUAAAUAAUUAAGAUUCUCAACAUAACUAAUUAUAAU